AUGUUAUUAAAAAAAGUAUUCUUCAAAUUUUGCACUUAAUUUGAAAAGAAUAUUCAAAAAGCAAGAAGAGCUCCCUUAAUUGAUAAUUAAAUAGAAUAGGAAGAAACAUCAGAAGAAAAAGAAAUUGAUUAUUCCUUAAGGAAAAUGCCUUUCUAUAGAUUUCCAAUAGGAUUAUAGAAGAAACUGUAAAUAAUGUUAGAAUUAUUUGUAAAGCUUCUAUCUGAUAGGUCCAUUAAUUUGUUUAGAUAUGGCCUAAAUGUAAAAUCCAUAUUUUUCUCAUCAACUUACAAAUGCAUUUUGUUAAUUGAAUGAUAUAUAUAUUUUUGGUUUUGCAGGAAUCGUAGGUGCAAUAGUGGGAUGUCAUUUUGUCUCUGGAAAACCCUUUUAAUAUUUGGGAUUAUACAGUUCAAGUUAAUUAAUAUGCCUCUUAGGUAAUAGUGCUUUAAUGUACUAUUUAUCUCCAUAUUUGUUUGUAUUUUAUUUCGCAGGUACUUUGUCACAUUUGAUUUGGUACAACAAUACUAAAAGUUUAGUUGGAGUGCCUAGAUCUUAUAGCAACUUUUAUCUAAAAUCUAUGGUAUUUUCCUCACUCUUUAUUUUUGCUGUAAAAUAGUCAUAUAUUAUUGUAGGCAAUAGGUGGGAUAGUACUGUUGAAUUAAGAAAUAAAACAUAUAGAGAUAAAAAUUGAUGAGUUAUAAAAGCUAUCAGAUUCACUCAAGUAAUAAUAAUGACACAAG